CGCAGAGCGUCAGCUCCAAUUGCCAGCCACACAGAAGAAAGAGGAGGUGCACAAUCUUAACGAUACUAGAGUUCAGUAAUCUUUAUUUUUUUUUAACAAUUAUUGUUGUUUAAAUUAACGUAUCCACUACGCACCUGGGCCAGUCUACCAGCACACUUUACACCCGCUCUGGCACACUCGCAACCCGAAAUGAGUGGCAGCGGGCGGCCCAGGACUAGCUCGUUUGCUGAGCCUCCGGGGGUUCCGGGAGCCGCUGCAGCCACCGUCGGAUCAGCCGUCGCCGGUGGAAGCUCUUCAGGAAAGUCCGGAGGCGCGCAGGCCUCAGGCGGGAGUUCGUCUGGUUUCGGAAACUUAAAGCUGGGCAGGGAUAGUGGGAAGGUGACAACGGUAGUAGCCACACCAGGGCAGGGUCCUGACCGCCCUCAAGAAGUCUCAUACACAGACAUCAAGGUGAUCGGCAAUGGUUCUUUUGGGGUGGUAUACCAAGCUCGACUUAUCGAUAGCCAGGAGAUGGUGGCCAUAAAGAAGGUGCUUCAGGAUAAGAGGUUUAAGAACCGUGAGCUACAGAUAAUGAGGAAGUUGGACCACUGUAAUAUUGUCAGGCUACGCUACUUCUUUUACUCAAGUGGAGAAAAGAAAGACGAAGUGUAUCUAAAUCUGGUGCUUGAUUUUGUACCAGAAACCGUGUACAGGGUGGCACGCCACUUCAACAAGUCCAAGACUACCAUCCCCAUUAUCUAUGUCAAAGUAUAUAUGUAUCAGUUAUUUCGCAGCCUGGCGUAUAUUCAUUCCCAAGGUGUCUGCCACAGAGACAUCAAACCUCAGAAUCUGCUGGUGGACCCAGACACAGCUGUACUCAAACUGUGUGACUUUGGCAGUGCGAAGCAGUUAGUUCGUGGUGAGCCCAACGUGUCAUACAUCUGUUCUCGGUAUUACCGCGCUCCUGAACUGAUAUUUGGAGCCACAGAUUACACAUCCAACAUCGAUAUCUGGUCAGCCGGAUGUGUGUUAGCUGAACUGCUGCUGGGGCAGCCCAUAUUCCCUGGUGACAGUGGUGUGGACCAGCUAGUGGAGAUCAUCAAGGUUUUGGGGACCCCCACAAGAGAACAGAUCCGAGAGAUGAACCCCAACUACACAGAGUUUAAAUUCCCACAGAUCAAAGCACACCCUUGGACAAAAGUGUUUAAGCCGAGGACCCCUCCUGAAGCCAUCUCAUUGUGUUCUCGUCUGUUGGAGUACACGCCAGUGACUCGGCUCUCACCGCUGGAGGCUUGUGCACAUGCCUUCUUUGAUGAGCUGCGCCAGCCAAAUGCCCGUCUGCCUAAUGGCCGAGAACUUCCCCAACUCUUCAACUUCAGCCCUGUGGAGCUGUCUAUCCAACCACAGUUGAACUCCAUUCUCAUUCCUCCCCAUGCUCGCUCGCAGACGUCACCUGCUUCACACGAGGGCAGCAGUUCAGACGGUCCAGCACAGUCCAGCUCAGCACCGGGACCCCUGAGCAACAACACCUAAAUGUUCCCUUGGCAUUACUGCUGUUACCAUCCCUCUCUCCUAGUCCCUUCUUUCUCAUUCCUCUCUCCUUCCCAACAACAGCUCCAAACAGUCUCUCUUUUACUUUCUCUCACACACACACUCGUCACCUUGUGUUGUGCAGUCAUGUUCUCCUGUCAUUGUCCAAGUGUGUAAUGCCCAAAUUCAAUCAUCAGAGGAGAUAAUGAGGUUGACUAAAUUCAGUAUGCCACUCAGCUCAUGACUCUUAAGUCUGUUUCUACUGUUCGCUGGUAAUUUUCAUCAGAUUCAUUGUCUUUAGGUUUGAAGACUGGGAAUGGCUUUUUAGGGCAUCACUGCCCCCUAGGGGCAGGAAGAGCACUGCACAGUUACUGCUUUUUCUGCCUCUGUGUAAACCAUCCAUUUAAGGACAUUUUAAACAAUUGAUAUCCAAUAUUGUGCUAGUUUAAUCCUUUAAAUUUGUUUUUGCUCUUAAACUUUACAUUUUAGCUUUAUGCGUUCUUGAACAAAACCAAGGACUGUGUUUUAUGAAGCAGUGAGUGUGAGAUGUUAGUGUUUGUGAAAACAGACAGAAAUGAGCAAAGAAUGAGUUAUGUCUUAAUACUUGUGUAUGUCAGCUGGUGUUUUAAGUAAUCAUUGCACACACCGUUUUGUUUUAAUUUCUUUUAAGGAGGUAGUUGCUUAAGCUGAGACAGGGUUAUCUGUUUUUUGUUUUUUAGUUUCAAAAAAAUACUUGAUACUCACUUUUACUCUUAUUUUUGUGCAUGUGCACAUACAUAAAUAUACACAGAGGUCAAUUCCAUCAGUAGUUGUGUUAGCCAUUCUAUUUUGUUACAAUUCUAUAUAAUGGAAUUGUGUAUGUGAGUGUGUUUGUGCACAUUGCUGUGCCGAUGUGUGUAUAAGAGUGUUUGUGAACAUUCGUAAAUCGAUAAACCCAUACACUUACACAGAGAGAUGGAUUUCAUUCAUCCCACUUACAGGUCUGAAUCAGAAACCUGUAAACACUGAUACUUUUAAAAAUGGAGCUGUUUGUUUUGCCCCUCUUCCAUCCCUCCUCCUCUUCUCUCAUUGCUAAUAUGUAAAUGCCAUGUACCUUUUAUUUUGUUAUUUUUGUUAUUGUUAUUUGGUUGUCCUUGUAAUUAGGUUUUUUCCCUAGUGUAGUAGUGCUGGUAAGAGCAAAAAACCAGCCUUUCUAUGCCUCUCUUUCUCUUUCCCUUGUUCUAUCCCUUCACCAUACAACUGUAUAUAACAUUUCAUCCAGCCUCUCCCUGUGUCUAGGGAGAAAGGCAAAACUGAACAAAAUUUUGUUUUUAAUCUGAUAUCUCAGUCUCUUACUCUCUCUCCUUGCCCAACUGCCUGCCCUUCCCCUCUCCUCAUCAGUGUUCGUUCUGAUCCUUUUUAUUUAUUGUAUUGCUGUUUUUUUUUUUUUUUUUUUUUUUUUUUUUUUACAAUCUGAUGGGGGAGGGGUUUUAUGUGUUAUGUAAUUGGUGUAAUGUUAAUACCUCAAUCUCUGGAAUAUUGUCUGCUAGAAUGUUCUGGAAAGGGCAGGUUCACACUACCACACACAGGCUGCUCGGCCCAUCAGUGAAAAGAUAACGGUUAAAGGGAGAGAGAGGGAGAGAUAAACUAUGUUUUUAUUUGUUGGUAUAAAUAAUAAACUCAUUAAUAAAGUUACAAAAUCAUCUCUGGGGUAAAUUGUUUAUACUUUGUGGUAGAAAUCUACAUGUCUAUUUAAUGACAUGUUAAUAUUACAUGAGUUUACAAAUACACUUUCAAGAUUCUAAUAUUAAGUGUUGCAUGCUGAGGCAAUAACCAUGAUUACUAUUUUCUAUACUAGGUAUUUAGCUUAAACCCUAAGUAUGUAAAUUUGGCAUGUUGCCAGUCCAACAAAGUUUGUGCUUCAGACACGAAUGAUAACUCAUGUCAUGUGGCUUGUUGAGGACAGGUAUGCUAUUACUUUUCCAAGUGAUCAAAAAUAAGUUGGGGCUAGAAUAUACUUGGGGUUGGACUCUGCAUUUCCUCUUAUCAAACCAUCUACUGAGUUCAACUAUGUGAUGAAAGUUACAUUGUUUGAGUGUUUUGUCAGGGGGAGACUAAAUGCCUGCUGAAAUGCUUUCUGGUUACUUGAGUUUCAGGCAUUUUUUUGACAUGUUUUUGAUGCCCCAGUGUGUGGGGGUUAAAAAUAUAAUUGCUUUGUAUUCUUAACACAUGGUUUCAGAGACUGAAACAUCAAUGAAUGUUUGCUGAUUUUCAAUCAACCUUAAAUGUGCAUUUAGACUUAUCACAAUGCACUAAAAAAGAAAAGUCAAUCUGUUGUCUUCUACAUGCACUGAUUAGGUAUUACAGCUUUUAAAAUACUUCAGAUUAAAGGGUUGAGAUGAAAAAAACAAGCACAUUGUGUUGAUUUGACCUUAUAAUUGUUAUAUUUUUGUGGUCUUGCUGACUGCAUUCAUUUCUAUUCAUUUUCUGGUUCUACAGUUCCAUUUUUCAUUUUAAAAAAAUAAACCCUAAUUGUGUUUUGCCCAUGUUAAACUCUCAAUGUUAACUACUGUUAGUUUCGAUUACA